ACCUUGGAGUGUUAUCCUCUCAAAGUCUCAGGUUAGAUGGCGCUCCACUAAUAAUGCGCUAUUUCUAAUUGAACAUCUGAUCCAUAGCCAUAUUAGUAAGAAAAGCUGGUAGAAGCAAGAGUUGACUGCUAUAGUGCUUUACUUGUAAACCAACUCUUAUUCUUCUCUAGACUCUAACAAGGAGGAACUUAAUGGCAAGUGUUGUUGCAGAAGCGUUCCUAUCAGCUUUUGUGGAGGUUUUGCUGGAAAAGAUGAUUUCAACCGAGUUUGUGAACUUCAUUCGGAGCAAGAAACUUGACAUUUCACUCUUGGAAAAGCUAAAAUUAACAUUGCUGAGUCUUCAAGCUGUACUGAAUGAUGCUGAAGAGAAACAAAUCACCAAUCCUGCUGUCAAGCAAUGGCUGGGUAACCUGCGAGAUGUUGUCUUUGAAGCUGAUGAUUUGUUAGACAAAAUCAAUACCGAGGCAUUAAGAAGUAAAGUGAAUAAGGUGCGGAACAUUCUUUCUUCUAAUUUCAAACAGUCUUAUGGAUUGGUCAAUUUUGAUAUUCAAAGAUUAUUUGAAAGAUUGGAACACUUUGCACGGAAAGGACACGUGCUUGGAUUGAAAGAAGGUGUUUCUUGCAGUGUUUGGAAUGGAACUCCUACAAGUUCUGUGUUGGAUGAAUCUGCUAUUUAUGGCAGAGAUGGUGACAGAAAAAAACUUCAAGAACUUUUGCUGCAUGCUAGUGAUGAUGGCAACAAAAUAGGAGUGAUUUCCAUUGUGGGAAUGGGAGGCUUGGGUAAAACAACUCUUGCUAAACUUCUUUACAACGAUCCGGAAGUAAAGGAGAAAUUUGAUUUGAAAGGGUGGGCAUAUAUCUCAAAAGAUUUUGAUAUUGUCCGGGUCACUAAAACCCUUCUUGAAUCUGUUACUUUUAAAACAAUUGAUGCCAAUAACAUGAAUACCAUGCAUACGGAAUUUGUCACUUCAAAAAUAACCGACACUGGUGACCUGAAUACUCUACAGGUGCAACUGCAGCAAAGUUUAAUCCAUAAAAGGUUUUUGCUAGUACUGGAUGACAUGUGGGAUGGAAGUUAUGUGGAUUGGAACAAUCUCAAAGACAUCUUUAAUGUUGGGGAAAUGGGAAGUAAGAUCAUCAUCACAACACGAGAUGAAAGAGUUGCACUAGUCACGCAAACCUUUCUUCCUAUCCACUAUUUGGCACCCAUGCAAAGUGAUGAAUGUUGGUCUUUACUUUCAAAACAUGCAUUUGGAGCAAGUAACUACAGGCUCCGGUCCAAUCUAGAAGCAAUUGGGAAAGAAAUUGCCAAAAAAUGUGAUGGUUUACCGUUAGCUGCUGUAGCACUUGGGGGUCUUCUCCGCACCAAACUGUCACAGGAUGACUGGAAUGAUGUACUAAAAAGUAACAUUUGGAAUUUGCCAAAUGUUGGGGUGCAGCAGACUCUUCUAUCUAGCUAUCAUUAUCUUCCGGCUCCUUUAAAAAGAUGUUUUGCUUACUGUUCAAUUUUUCCAAAGAACUCCAUCUUGCAAAAAAAUAUGGUAGUUCAGUUAUGGAUGGCAGAAGGCUUGGUGCAUAAGUCCAAAAGACAGAAAAGUUGGGAAAAAGUAGGAGAAGAAUACUUUGAUGAACUAGUGUCAAGGUCACUGAUACGUCGUCGGUAUAUUGAUGGGGAAGAAUGCUAUGAAAUGCAUGACCUUGUCAAUGAUUUAGCUACAAUGGUUUCAUCUCCAUAUUGCAUCAAGUUAGACGAACAUGAAAUAAAUGAUAAGGUACGUCAUUUGUCAUGCAUUAGAAGGAAAUAUGACUCGUACAGUAAAUUUGAUAAAUUAAAUGGACUUAAAGGUCUACGUACCUUCUUGGUCUUGCCAUUACAAGAACCGGUGUGGUUAAUCUAUUCCAUAUCAGACAGGGUGGUACGCGAAUUAUUGCCAGCGAUGAAACAAUUACGCGUGCUGUCGUUGUCAAACUACAGGAGUAUCACCGAGUUGCCCAAUUCUAUUGGAAAUUUGAUAUGUCUGCGAUACUUAAAUCUCUCUAACACAGCGAUUGAAAGGCUUCCGUCUGUAACAUGCAACCUCUACAAUCUGUUGACCUUGUUGUUGUUUGGUUGUUGGUGUCUUGUUGAAUUGCCUGAGGACAUCGUAAAAUUGGUUAAUCUACGCCACCUUGAUAUCAGAGGUACUCAAUUGAAGGAGAUGCCAGUACAAAUAACCAGACUACAAAAUCUUCAAACUUUGUCUGAUUUUGCUAUUAGCAAUCAUCGUGAUGGAUUGAAGGUUAGAGAGUUGGGAAAAUUUCCGCAUCUAAAGGGAAAUCUUUCCAUCUCAAAUCUACAAAAUAUCACUGACCCCUUUGAUGCUUUUGAAGCAAAUUUGAAGAUGAAAGAACAAAUUGACAACUUGGAACUACAGUGGAUUCUACAUGGCAGCAGUGGCACUACUAGUCAAAGUUCACAAAUUCAAGCACUUGUACUUCAACAACUUCAACCUUCAACAAAUUUGAAGAAUCUCACCAUCAAAGGUUACGGUGGAACAAGCUUUCCGAAUUGGUUGGGUGAUUCAUUAUUUAGCAACAUGGUGUAUCUGCACAUAAGUGGCUGUGAUCAUUGUUCUUUGCUGCCACCGCUUGGACAACUACAUGGUUUGAAAAAACUCAGUAUUGCCAGUAUGAAAUCGGUAAAGAGUCUUGGUUCUGAAUUUUAUGGAAAUAGUAGUUGUCCUUCGUUUCAACCAUUUCCUUCCUUGGAGACUCUGGAAUUUGAAGAGAUGCUCGAGUGGGAGGAAUGGAACUUGACUGAAGCAACGAAGUUUCCCAGUCUGACAAAUCUGUCACUGGAAACAUGUUCUAAACUCAAAGGAAACAUGCCUUGCAACCUUCCUUCGUUAACUACACUUGAGUUAAAGGUGUGUGAUCUGCUUCUGGAGUCAAGGCACUCAGACGAUCAAAUCAUCCAAUCGAUAUGGUCUCCUCUUAAUUCUCUACGGCAGUUGACUUUGGUCGGCUUUCCCUCUCUAAUGUCUUUUCCAAGAGACGGUCUACCCAAAACCUUACAAUCUCUCACCAUCCAUGAUUGUGAAAAUUUAAAAUUCCUUCCUUGUGAAUCCUUGCACAAUUAUUCAUCACUCGAGGACAUAAAUAUAUUUUAUAGUUGUAACUCUGCACAUUUGAUACAUUGAAGGUUUAAAAUAGUCCUUUCUCAUGCAAAUGCUAACAUUAACAUAAGGAACAUGUUAGUAAACUAAAUGCUAUGUAAAUAUUAUCAUGAAAUUCAUGCAUUUAAUUCCUUGAAAUUUAUGCAUUCUAUUUUUAGUUUCUUAUAUGAAUCCACUUAGUGGGAUAAGGCUUGUCGUCGUCGUCGUCGUUAUUGUUGUAUAUGACCCAAUUUUUAAAGGUUUGAUAAGUCAUCAUUGGGGUAGGUCAAUCAUGUAUGAACUCAAAAAGUACUAUAUAAUUGAAGACUCCUUUUGACUUGACUUAAUUUGGUAUUAAAGACUAUUUUAAAAU